AUCGCCGUGGUUGGGGAACUGCGGCGGACGCCGCCCCCGCCCCGAGGGGACUCGAAAAUGUACAGCCAGCGGUUUGGCAUCGUACAGCGGGAGGUUAAGGGCCCCACUCCCAAGGUGGUGAUCGUGAGAGCCAAGCCUCCCAAAGGCCAAGGGGCUGAGCAACAUCUGGAAAUAAUCCGACACAGCCAUCAGAAACAUCAUGCUAUUUUGGCUUCCAUUAAGUCAAAUGAGCGGGAUCGCUUGAAAGCUGAGUGGGACCAGCACAGUGACCGCAAGUUUGUGGACAGUCUUGUGAAAGCAAGAAUCAAGGAUGCCAUGCAAGGGUUUAUCAUCAACACUGAAGAGAGACGAAAUAAGUUACGUGAACUUUUAGCAUCAGAAGAAAAUGAGUAUUUGACUGAAAUGCAAAUGAAAGGAGAAACAAUUGAGGAGAAAAAGGAUAGAAUGAGAGAUAAAACCAGAUUAUUAAGAGAGAAGAAAGAAAAAGAGAGACAGGAUUUUGUGGCUGAAAAGUUAGACCAGCAAUUCAGGGAACACUGCGAGGAGCUCCGUGUUAAGUUGUUUUGUAUCAAUCAGAAGACGGUGUGCGAGGAGCGGAAAGCACAGAUAGCAUUUAAUGAGGAGCUGAAAAGGCAAAAGUUGGUGGAAGAGCAGAUGUUCUCAAAGCUCUGGGAGGAAGACCGGCUGGCCAAAGAGAAGCGAGAAGCCGAAGAGGCCAGAAGACAGAAAGAGCUGGUGGAGAGCACACGCCUGGGGCUGAGUGCCCAGAUCACCAGCAUUCAGGCACGAAGGCAGGCAGCACAGCGGCUGAAGGAGGAGGAGGCGCGCCUUGUGGAAAAUGACAAAGCACAGGUGAAACUUGAGAAUGAACAGGAUAAGCUGAAGAAACAGAAGACAAAACAGGAAAUUAGGGCUGCUUUGCAAAAAGCCAUCCAAGAGAAGAUGGAGCAUAUUCAGGAGGAAUACAGAGAAGAGCAGGAUUUGAACAUGAAGCUCACCCAAAUCUCCCUCCAAAACUUACAGGAAGAGGCUGAUAAAAAGAAGCAAAAAAGAGAAGAUAUGAUAAGAGAACAAAAGAUAUAUCAUCAGUAUUUGGCACAGCGGCGUGAGGAAGAAAAAGCUCAGGAGAAAGAACUGGACAGAAAAUUAGAUGAAGAGAAGGAAAGGAAGUUUGCUGAGAAGGACAAGAUGCUGAGACUUGAAAAGGAAGCAAGAAAACAACUUGUGAAUGAGGUCAUGUGUACAAGAAAACUUCAAGUUCAAGAAAAGUUGCAACGAAAAGCAAAAGAACAGGAGGAACGUGCUAUGGAACAGGAAUGCAUAAAUGAAGGUCUUAAAGAGCUAAAUCAUGAAGAGAGGGAGAAUUUUGCACGACGCUGCAGUUUAGCCCAGGAAUACAGGAAGCAACUUCAGAUGCAAAUGUGCUACCAGCAGCAGACCCGGGAAGCAGAGAAGGAGGAGGAACGCCGAGAGUUUGAAGCAGGGAUAGCAGCAGACAAGGAUUUCCAGGACAAGAUGGAGAAGAUCCUGUCCACUCAACAGGUGCUGCCCCAGAACAUUCAUCCCAUGCGGAGGGCAUGUCCUAGUAAGCUUCCGCCAUAGUUUCAUAAACAACAUAUUUUUUCUCAGUCUUUUAUUAUUUUGAACUACAGUAUGCUUGUGUGUUCCUUUAACUCAUGGAUAAACUGUUCGUUUAUUCUCUGAGUUUUUAUAAUUUUAUGCCACGAAAUUUUCUUCUUUCAAAUUAAACUUCGUUCCUUUUUAAAAUUUCAUAGACUGACAAAUCUGAAUGAUCUAUUUCAUAUCACACAGUUAUUUUCCUGACUUACCUCCAUGCCUCCCUUUCUUGUUCAUUUAUUAAUAACUUCACUUUUUCCCAUCCAUCUGCCCAUAUGACCAUUUCCUCUUGCCUCCUUUAUCUUCUGUCUCAUAUACAUAAUUCACAAUAUUAGCAGGGCAUUUUUGCAGGCAGAGCCGGGACUAUCAGCCACUUUCAUUAACCCACUUAUUCAGUCAUUAAAUAUUUACUGAGUGCCUCUUAUGUGCCCUGGAUCCUGGCACUUCUCUGGAUCCUUAGACUUCAGCAAGAAUAAAGCAAACCUCUUGCUCUCAUGGAGAUUACAGCCCAGUGGAGGAAACCAGGCCAUAAAUGUUAAGUGCUAUAGGCAGGAGAUGACAGGGGUGCUAUUUUAUUUUAUAUGUAAUUGCCAGAAAAGAUCUCUUUGAGCAGCUGAUAUUUGAAUGAACUGGUCAUGUGGUUAUCUGGGGUGGGGGGAACAUCCCAGACAGAGGAAAGAGCCAGUGCAAGGGCCCUGGGGCAGAAGUCUGCUUAGUGUAUAUGAAGUAUAGCAUUUGUGCUGGAGUAGAGUGAGUGAGGAGAGAGUUUUAGAUGUUGAAUCAGAAAGGUAGUGAGGGCCAGAUGAUGUAGGCCUUGGAACCAUAGUAAAGACUGGCUUUUACUUGGCUUUAGGAAGCUGUUAUAAGGUUUUGAGCAGAGGAGCAAUGCAAUACGAUAUAAAAGGGUUGCUGACUGCCAUGUUGAGAAUAGACUCCAGGGAGACAGAAACAGGGAUUCAGUUGAGGAGCUAUCACGGUAAACCAGGUGAGAGGUGAUGGUGGUAGCCAGCCUCCAAGAUGACCCCUGAUGAGUCUCUUCUGUAUUUAUGCCCUUGUGUAGCCCCUUCCACCCUGAAUCUCAGGCAGUCUGUAAAAUAUGUGCAUUUACUGGUUUUUUUUUUAAGUAGAAAAAAUCAGCAUGCUCCUAUUUCUAACAUUCAGCAUUAUAAUUAUUUUCACUUCUUUGAGUCCCCCCACCUCCCACCAGCUUUAUUUAUGUGGAUGCUCAUUUUUACAUUGUAAACACACUGCCUUGUUGCUUCAUCUGUCUUAUUUACAAAUGGCCACAUAGUAGUCUACUGAGUUGUUGUACUAUAAGUGUUAAAUAUUGGACUUUGUUUCAAAUUUGUCACCAUUACAAACUAUACUUUAACAACAACAUUCAUUUGAGUUAUUUCCUUAGAAUCAACCAGUUCCCUAGAGUGGGAUUUCUGUUCUGGGUCAAAGGGAAAUAUACUUUUCCCUUUUAUAUAUACUUUUGCUUUCAAGCAUCACAUUUGCAGAAGCAGUUUUUAGAGUUGUAGGCUUUUUAAAGAAAUGUUUUCAGGGCCAAUUGGUAUUCUCCUGGAAGAUUUAAAGUGUCUUUAGGCAAAUUGUCUGCUAGAAUCCCCAAGAGGUUUUUUUCUUUAACCUUCCUACCCAUUUAUCCACUCUCACCUCAGCUCUGGGAAUCUUAACUGCUCCUCUGGAUCCUUUCAAACCUCCUUGUGGCCGAAGUUAAUCUUUAAUCCAGAAGUGGGAGUCAUGGCCAAAAAAAAAAAAAGACUAUCCUUUAAGUUUUGUUGAAAAUCAGCUGACCAUUAAUGUAAGAGUUUAUUUUCAGACAUGCUUCUCUGUUCUAUUAAUUUAUCUAUCUUUAUACCAACACAACACUAUAAUGAUUACCGUAGCCUUUUAGUAAGUCAUGAAUUGGUAGUGUAAGUUAUCCAAUAUUGUUCUCUUUUUUGUCCCUCUAAAAUUGUUUUGUCUAUUCUAGGUCCUUUAAAUUUCCAUAUAAUUGUUAGGAACAUCUUGUCAAUAUCUACAAAGAUGCCUACUGAGAUUUUGAUAGAGAUUACAUUGAACCUAUAGAUCAAUUUGGGGAGAACUGCCAUCUUAAUAAUGAGCUUUCCAACCUGAAGAAGUCCUAUUGUCCCAUUCACGUAGGUCAUCUUUAAUUUUUUAAAGCAACAUUUUGUGUGCAGGACUUUUGCAUCUUUUGUUAAACUUUUUCCUAAGUAUUUCAUUCUGAUGCUAUUGUGAAUGGAAUUGUUUUCUUAAUUUCACUUUUGGAUUAUUCAUUGUUAAUGUGUAACAAUAUAAUUGAUUUUUGCCUAUUGAGCUUGUAUUCUGUGACCUUGCUAAACUCACUUAUUAGUUCUAGUAGGAUUUUUUUUUUUUUUUGAGAUUCUGUAGGAUUUCCUACAUUUAGCAUCAUAUCACUUGCUAAUAAAGAUAGUUCAGUUUGUUUCUCUCC